UGAUGGUUGGGAGAGGGGGCUGGCAGCCCAAAGCCAGCUGAAGAAUUUGCUGCGGUUACCCCAGGUGACUCCCUGCCUCUCCCCACACCUUAACCUCAUUGUCGUGAAAGCCAAGCAGUUAAUUGUUUAGCAGGAAUUAAAGCAAUUGUGAGAGUUAUUUGCCGGGUUGAGAGGCUUUAGCUCACAAGCUGGAAUUUUUGACUCAGGAGUAAAAACUGUAGAUUCUUUGUCUCUUUUUAUCAAGUUUCUGGAUAAAUGGCCGGACAGCAGAGUUUUGGAGGUUUUGACAUAGCUCAACAAAAUCAUUAUUACUGGUACUGGCAAAGAGUGAACCCGAAGUUCCAGCCCCACCAGGGUUACCCGGCUGGCAGCGGGUAUGAGCAGCAGCACAGCUGGUGUCCUCUUUCUGGCUGCAGCUGUGGCUGUGCAGUGAAUGGAAGUGAACACAACCUUUCUGCGCGUGGGACCUCUGGACGCCCCGCGGAAGCUUCGGUGACGCCCGAGGAAGCCACAGCUCUGGCAGAAAACCAAGAUGAAGACCUACUAGAAGAUCCCAAUCUCUAUUUGAAUAUUGAGGAAUUAAACAAAGAGUUUAUGGUGAAAAGUGAAGAACUCUACGACUCUCUCAUGAAUUGCCACUGGCAACCUCUAGAUACAGUUGACUCUACAAUCCCAGAUGAGACCCCACAGAAGCCAGAUGUUUGUUAAGCUACCCAACUGUCAUAUGAACUGUAUCCUGUUUGUUUUUGUUUUUCAAAAAAAUAAAAAAUUCUCCCAGGAAUAUACUGGGUUCUGUAUGACAAGACAAA